CUCCAGUCCUCCUCCCGACUCUGACUUGCUCACCCAGAGCAGCUGUGACCUUCCUGCCUCUGUCUUACCCAGCCGCCACCAUGAGCCAGUCCUACUCCUCCAGCCAGCGGCUCUCUUCAUACCGCCGUACCUUUGGUGGGGCUGGGUCGGCUCCGCCUUCCUUCCCGCGCGCCUCCUUUGGCAGCAAGGGCUCUUCUGCCAGCACCAUCUCCUCUCGUGUCUACCAAGUGUCCCGAGGUGCUGCUCCACCCAGCCUCUCCAGCUUCCGAACCAGCUAUGCGGCCCCGCUGCGCUCAGUCUAUCAAGGUGCUGGCGAGGUCCUUGACUUCUCCCUGGCCGAUGCCAUGAACCAGGAGUUCCUGCAGACACGCACCAAUGAGAAGGUGGAGCUGCAGGAGCUCAAUGACCGCUUUGCCAACUACAUUGAGAAAGUCCGGUUCCUGGAGCAGCAGAAUGCCCUCAUGGUGGCUGAAGUCAACCGGCUCAAGGGCAAGGAGCCCACACGGGUGGCUGAGAUCUAUGAAGAGGAGCUGAGGGAGCUGCGGCGUCAGGUGGAGAUGCUGACCAGCCAGCGAGCACGGGUCGAUGUGGAGAGGGACAACCUGCUCGAUGACCUCCAGAAGCUGAAGCAGAGGCUGCAGGAGGAGAUUCAUCUCAAGGAAGAAGCAGAGAACAACCUCGCCGCUUUCAGAGCAGAUGUUGAUGCAGCCACACUGGCCCGUAUUGACUUGGAGAGGCGUAUUGAAUCCUUGCAGGAAGAAAUUGCGUUCCUCAAAAAGGUGCACGAGGAGGAAAUUAGAGAGCUGCAAUCGCAGCUGCAGGAGCAGCAAAUCCAGGUGGAAAUGGAUGUGUCCAAGCCUGACCUGACAGCAGCACUGCGUGAUAUCCGUGCCCAGUAUGAGAGCAUUGCUGCAAAGAACAUCUCUGAGGCUGAGGAAUGGUACAAGUCCAAGGUGUCUGACCUGACCCAGGCAGCGAACAAGAACAACGAUGCCUUGCGCCAAGCCAAGCAGGAGAUGAUGGAAUACCGGCACCAGAUCCAGUCAUUCACCUGUGAGAUUGAUGCACUCAAGGGCACGAACGACUCCUUGAUGAGGCAAAUGAGGGAGAUGGAGGAACGCUUUGCUGGCGAGGCUAGCAAUUACCAGGACACCAUCCAGCGGCUUGAAGAUGAGAUCCGACAUUUGAAGGAUGAGAUGGCACGACACCUGCGCGAGUACCAGGAUCUGCUCAAUGUCAAGAUGGCUCUUGAUGUCGAAAUUGCUACUUACCGCAAGCUGCUGGAGGGUGAAGAGAGCCGCAUUUCACUGCCCAUCCAAACUUUUUCUGCAAUCAACUUCCGAGAAACCAGUCCAGAGCAGCGGAGCUCCGAGGUUCACACCAAGAAAACAGUGACCAUCAAAACCAUCGAGACACGUGAUGGGGAGGUGGUCAGUGAAGCUCUGCAGCAGCAACAUGAAAUGCUGUAGGUCCUGUUGUCCCCAGAGAGGCACCUGGCCCAUCUCAACCUUUUCCCUCCCACGUGCAAAGACCGUGGGGUCGUUGGCUCCCACACACUCUCCUUCACACUCAUUCUGUGUCCGCACCACUGGAGAACCUCACACACCCAACCGUGUGUGUGAAGCGCUCCCUGCAUCCAGUUCCCCAAAGCCUCUCUCCUUCUACUCCCCUUCUCCUCUUCUUACCUUGGAAGUUUGAGGUGAGGGGACUGCAAGCAAGGUGCAGCUCUGUGUGUGUGUGCAUGCGUGCGUGCUCAUGUGUUGGCAGCGGGGAGAGGCUUCCUGCCACUGUAGGGUCUGUAUCCCCUACCACUGCCUGCAAACAGAACUCUCGCCCACCCGCCUGUGCACGAUGCAUGCCCUGACCCACAAUAGUGUGCCCUGACGCCACGCGCAGCUUCACUCCCCCCCGAGCAUGGGCCCUGCCGCCCUGUCCCCGCAAGGCCCCUGGGUCACGGAACUGUCCGCUGGCACUCGAGGGGCAAGGGAAACGGAAGUGGGUGUAGCAGAGAAUGAGGAAGAGCCAACUGCCAGGCAUUGCCUCCAGGACCAAAGCCACAGAGCGCCCCUGCCCCCAGUGGAGCAGGACUCCUCGCUUGGGGGCUGACGGGCUGGUGUGUCUAGCUGCAGGUGAUGUCCUUCCCUCCAGCCCGGCAAGGCUCCUUGUCUUGACUUGCUCCUCCAGACGAGGGUUUACCUUUGCACCUCAGCCGGGGUUUCCUGCCAGUGCAGGGGGCAGAGGCGGAAGAGUGAGAAGAACCCCAAAGGAGGAGUGAGUGGGGCUAUUAGAGUAGGAGGCUUGGACUCUGAACAGGUUAAAUGCUCUGCUCCGGCUGCAAAGUGAGGUGCCUAGUCUGGGAUGGAGGCUAUUAGGGUCGCCGAGGAGAGGAGAAGGUUGCCAAAGGGCUGAUGCACCCUUCACUAGGAGAGGCUUCCUGUCCCAAAUCCCAAACCUGUCCUGCAGGGGCUGCCACAAGGGAGUGUUUUAGACUUAGGGGGGUUGGGCAAGAUUAAGAGAAGGAAUUGGCAGGUGAUGGAUAUAGGGGAGAGCGAGGGAGUGAGAGAUAGUUGGUGGGCAUGAGUGAAAGAGGAGAGAGGAGAUGGAGAGAGGCUGAAUGCCCCCGACCCUCCCAACCCAGCACAUACCUGGCUCUGCCGAGUGAGCAAUAAACCAUGGAGCACAAAA